AUGGAGGACACAACGGUCGACAAGGCGGCAACAUGCCAUCUCUUUCGUCUUCCAGCUGAGCUGCGCAAUGACAUCUACGAGCUCGUCUACCACAUCGACAUAGACCGCGACGUCGACCUCCUUCACGCCGAGCCACCUCCAGCCCCUACCUUGUCGCUCGUCUGCCGUCAAACAUACACCGAGACGAAGGGAUACUACCAAGAAAGCCGCACGAGAUACUACAAACAGACCCGAUACUUCAUUCAAGAUCUCGAACGCGCCGACGACCUCAGCCACCUCCGCACCAGGCACUUGGAUAACUUCACCCACUUGACCCUCCGCGGCACGGUGCACCGCAUGCUUCCUGACCGCAAACUCUACACUUUCUGCUGGUUACCAGCAGCACGCACGUGGGAGGUGUGUAGACCCUGGAAGCCUAACUGCGUAGCCCAUGUGUUCGUCCAGCAACGCUACCGGGCCUUUCGCCCGCACUUGGCAUUCUGGGAGGUGCAUCCGCAGUCCGUCGAGCAUAUGCGGCGGUUCGUGGAAGGGUGUUUGGAGCUGCCGGGGGGAAAGGUGGAGCUGUGGAGGCAGGUGGUGCGUCUAAGGGACUGGAUGCGGAGGUCGGUUGAUCGUUAG